AUGGGUGUGCAAUAUCCGAUUCCUGUGGCAGAGGAUGCGCCAUUUCCUCUGCAAAACAUUCCCUUUGGAAUUUUCUCUACAGAUUCGGAUCCAACUCCUCGAGUCGGGACCAUCAUUGGAGACCAGAUUAUUGACGUCAACUUGCUUGCACGUCAGGGCGCCUUUGACAACCUGUCUAUUCAAGACCUGUCUACUCUCCGAGCAGCUUUAUUAGCACAAACUCUGAACCAUUUUGCCUCGCUGCCUCGAUCUGUGCGUUCGUCAACUCGUCAGCGUUUAAUUGACUUGUUAGAGGAACCAUCUUCAAUUCUGUUCAAGGACAAGGAAAUCAAUUCUAGCGCUUUCACCAACGAAAAAGAAGCGAAAUUGCACCUUCCACUGCAAAUCGGUGCCUUUGCCGAUUUUCUCUGCUCCGAGACGCACCAUGACAACGGCAACCGCAUGUCUGGAAAAUCAAUACCCGCCUUCUACCAUUUUCCCCCAAUGUACACGGGCCGUACAACAUCCAUUGUUCCCAGCGGACAAUCGAUUAAACGUCCUAAAGGAAUGGUCAUGAGGCCGCCGGGGUCCAAAGACGGUCCCAAGUUUCAGUUCAAAACUUCCACCAAGAUGGACUAUGAAGUCGAGAUAGGUGUUUUCAUUUCUAAGCCGAUUCCUUUCGGCCAACGGAUCUCGGCAGACGAAGCGAAAGAGCACAUUUUUGGUCUUGUUCUCUUGAACGACUGGUCGGCAAGAGACAUUCAAUUUGGCGAGAUGAUCCCGAUGGGACCGAGCAAUGGCAAGGCCACAGCAACCACGAUCAGCCCUUGGGUCGUCAUGCCUGAUGCGCUGGGAGAUGCCCAGGUGGGAUUUGUGUCAGAGAAAGCAAAAGCUGAUAUCUCGUCGCAUCCUCCUCACCUACGACAUGCCGUCGGCGACAUGGAGGUUUCCUGGGACAUUGUCCUAGAAGCUACGGUGUCGGGCCCUAACGAGCCACCAACUUUGGUCUGCCGCUCCAACUUGAAGGAUUUGUACUGGUCACCAGGUCAAAUGUUGGCGCACUGGGUGUCCGCAGGGAGUGGAGCAAACACGGGAGAUUUGCUGGGUACGGGAACGGCUUCUUCUCCGGGACACACCGACGAGAUUCCAACAUUAGGCUGCCUCUUCGAACUGACCGAAGGUGGCCAGAAGCCCUUCAAGUUGCGAAGCGGUAGAGAACUGAGAUGGCUUGAAGACGGAGAUGAGGUCGUUUUGACCGGCUGGGCCAAGGGCAAAGACGGGAAAAGGAUUGGUUUUGGGCAGGCUGCCGGAUGCCUGCUGCCAUCCGACUAA